CUAUUCUCGAAAGACUUGACGCACAGUGAAAGCUGAACAGUCAGUGGUGUUUCAUUCGUGGCUUGAGUAAGACACGAAGAAAGGUUUGUGUUACACCAAACAGGAGAUUAACAAAUCUAGCAGAGAUAUUACGUACUCUUGUGGUUGAUCUUACGUGAGGGGAACUGUGUGCACUGCAGACGACGCCUCGACUAUCAACCAAAAAUGCCUGUUUUUCACACGAAAACCAUCGAAAGUAUUCUCGAGCCAGUGGCUUCUCAGGUUGAACGACUUGUUAUUCUACAUGAGGAGGCCGAAGAUGGAAACGCCAUGCCAGAUCUGGAAAGGCCUGUGCACGCUGUAUCGGUUGCCGUCACCAAUCUCGUUAAGGUUGGCAAGGAGACCAUACACAGCAGCGAUGACGCCAUCCUUAAGCAGGAUAUGCCAGCAUCAUUACACCGAGUUGAAGGGGCCUCUAGAUUGUUGGAGGAAGCUUCUUCCAUGCUGAAGGCCGACCCAUAUUCGGGACCCGCUCGGAAGAAGUUGAUUGAAGGAUCCCGUGGAAUUCUCCAAGGAACGUCAUCACUUUUGCUUUGUUUCGAUGAAUCUGAAGUUCGCAAGAUCAUCCGCGAAUGCAAAAAAGUUCUGGACUACUUAGCCGUAGCUGAAGUCAUUGAGAGCAUCGAUGAUUUAGUCCAGUUCGUCAAGGAUGUGAGCCCGUGUCUCACGCGCGUUUCGCGUGAAGUUGAUGCGCGUCAAAAGGAGCUGACGCACCAAGUCCAUCGUGACAUCCUUAUCCGCUCACUGGAACAGGUCAAAACCCUGGCUCCUAUUCUUAUUUGCUCCAUGAAAAUUUUCAUUCAAAUUGUUUCUCAAGGUGGCAAAGGCAAUGAAGAAGCAGCAGAAAACCGUAACUACCUAGCCGGUCGUAUGACGGAUGAAAUCAAUGAAAUUAUUCGUGUCCUGCAAUUGACUACCUACGACGAGGACGAAUGGGACGCUGAUCAAUUGACCGCAAUGAAACGUGCUUGCAAUGCAUUGGAAAGCAAACUUCAAACCGCCAUCGAUUGGCUUGAGGACCCCCAUGCUCGCGGUGGUGGAGUAGGAGAGAAAUCCAUCCGUCAAAUCAUUGAAUUGGCCGAGAAAGUUGCUGAGCAUUCGCUACCCGACGACCAAAAAGCUCUUCGUAAGCUUUGCUCCGAAUUGACGUCUCUGACUGACGCCCUGGUUGAAUUGCGCGGUGACGGACAAGGUGCCACCCCCCAGGCGGAAGGUCUAGCCCGCAGUAUCCGCCACAAGUUGGGAGAGUUGAACAAUUUGGUUCAAACGGCUGUCGCCAACGCUGAAAAGUAUGGAAUCCAACAACCAGCUCACACAGUGGCCGGACGAUUAGAACAAGCUCGCCGUUGGUUAGCCAAUCCUAGCGUCGACGAUCGUGGUUUAGGACAACAGGCUAUCGCAUUGAUUGUCGAAGAAGGAAGAAAGGUUGCCCAAGGACUUCAAGGUGAACAACGUGCAGAAAUUCUUGCGCUAUGUAAUCAAGUUGACUCGCUAUCUCGUCAACUCGGAGAUUUGUGCCGCUCUGGACAGGGCAAUUCGCCUCAAGCACAAGCAGUUGCAAAGUUGUUGUCGCAGAAAUUGGACGAACUCAAGGAUAAAAUCCAGGGAGCUUUGGUCGACCGUGUUGUUGAAGACUUUAUUGACAUCACUACGCCGUUGAAACAGUUUACCGAUGCAGUAUUGGCUCCAGAAGGAACUCCGAAUCGUGAGGAGAACUUCAAGGACAAGGCGGGAGCAUUGAAGGGAUUUUCAGCUCGUGCUGCUCAGACGGCUCGUAUGGUUGCUGCUGGUGGUAGCAAUGGAAACAAGAAGCUCUCAGAGGCUUUGAACAGCUCAGCAGGCCAGGUGGAAAGCUUGACACCACAAUUGGUUAAUGCUGGUCGCAUCCGGAUGACCUACCCAGAAAAUAAGGCCGCAGAUGAGCAUUUUGAGAACUUGCGUCGUCAGUACGCUGAUGCCAUUGCCCGCACUCGUCAGUUGUGUGACGAAGCUAUCGAUUCGGCCACAUUUAUUCAGCAGUCGGAAGAACUGAUGCGUCGUUGCACAGCCGAAUGCGAAGAUGCUAUCGGCCGCCAGGAAGCGCAGCGGUUAGUCGACGGCACAUCCCAAAUUGCCCGUCUGGCCAAUCGUGUGUUGAUGGUAGCCAAGCAAGAAGCGGACAACUCGGAGGAUCCCAAGUUUAUUGGAGAAGUGACUGGUGCUGCAAACCUUCUGCAAGCCAACGUAACUCCAAUGGUUCAGGAUGCCAAGGCCGUGGCCACCAACAUGCGAGAUCAAGGUUCGAUCAAUCAGUGGCGUGACUCGAAUAAGAAACUUCUCGAGUCCGUCGGUAAAGUGCGCAAGGCCGUAGCCGGACCUGAUCCGGUCCCACCGCCACCUGACAUGUCUUCACUUAAUCUGAACGCACCUCCUCGUCCACCAUUGCCUGGCGGUGAACAUCCUCCACCAAGGCCUCCUCCUCCUGAGACGGAUGACGAAGAUGAAAUGUUCCGACAUGCACCACAAGGAGACCAGCCCAUCUUGAUGGCUGCUCACGGUUUGCAUCAAGAAGUGAUGCAAUGGUCUUCCAGAGACAAUGAGAUCAUUGCCGCCGCCAAAAGGAUGGCCCUCUUGAUGGGUCGUUUGUCCCAGCUGGUACGUGGAGAAGGUGGCAGCAAACGUGAUCUGAUCGCUUGCGCCAAGGCCAUCGCUGAGGCGUCAGAAGAAGUGACGCGGCUGGCCAAGGAAUUGGCCCGGGAGUGUACAGACAAGAGAAUGCGCACGGCACUGCUACAAGUCUGUGAGCGCAUCCCGACCAUCGGCACUCAACUGAAAAUCCUGUCGACUGUCAAGGCUACAAUGUUGGGAGCGCAAGGAACAGAAGAAGACCAAGAGGCAACUGAUAUGUUGGUUGGUAACGCUCAAAAUUUGAUGCAGUCAGUCAAGGAGACUGUGCGCGCAGCCGAAGCUGCCUCGAUCAAGUUGCGCACAGACGCUGGCAUCCGCAUGCACUGGAUCCGUCGCAACCCUUGGUAUCAAUAGUAUUGACGUAGCCAAGGGGUGCACGCGAAAACGCACUGCCAAUGGAAGAGGAUCUUCUUCGUCACCUACACGAUUUGUUGAAAUUUAUUCUUUGAACGCUUUGGCGCCAUCAUUUUCAUUCAUCCAGCCGCUUUUACUAUACGUUGUUAUCGUGCAGUGCCACACACAUAAGAAUUCCUCUAACCACUCUUCUACACAUCGUCUUUUGUUGCUCCUCGUUAUGUGGUGCUCUUUUUUCUAAUGAUAUCAUCGGCCUUUGAUAGAACUUAAAAUCUUCCUGUAAGGGCUCUAUUUUCAAUUUUCUUUUCUUUACGAACAUCGAAUUAAAAAUAUUUCCGCGUGAGCUGAACCAACGUAAACCAACAGAAAAGCAAUCAGCCGCCGAUCAGACGUGACGUGCCAAACUUCAUAUUGACGGCGACGAGUUUAAUAAUAACAUUUUGUAGAUCUACUCCCGCUCAUUUUGGGACACGAUCUGCUAUCUUAUUGUUGUAGCCUCAAAAUAAUACACACGGGAUUUUAAUAUCAA